AUGCAGUGGGCGUGGUUGGCACUGGGAGCAGUCCUGAUGGGCGCUGUGGCGGGCCAGGAGCAGCCUAAGGUAGUGACACCGUGGGGCACCUUCCUGGGCAGCGUCCACACGUCGGCGAGGCAAGGGCGCCAGGUCUACGCUUUCACGGGUAUUCCGUUUGCUAAACCGCCUGUGGGAGACCUGAGAUUCAAGAAUCCAGUUCCCUAUGGAGUACAUUCAGCGCCCUUCAACGCCACAGGGAAUUCUCCAGAGUGCAUCCAAUGGGACAACCUCAGAGGACGCGGUUCCGUGGGCCAGGAAGAUUGCCUUUACCUCAACGUCUACACCAAUACGAUUCCGCAGCCGCCAGGGUAUUUCAACACGCAGCCCACCAUCGUGUUUCUCCAUGGUGGCACGUGGAUGGCAGGCAGUGGUGGCGAUGGCCUUUUCCAGCCCGACUACCUGAUUGAGUGUGAUGUCACGGUAGUCACCAUUAACCACCGCCUCGGCCCCUUUGGCUUCCUAUCGACUGAGGAUACGGACGGACCCGGCAACUACGGGAUGCGAGACCAGAUCCGCGCCCUCGAGUGGGUCAGGGAUAAUGUGCGCUACUUCGGGGGCAUGAACGAUUCCGUCUCCAUCAUGGGUUCGGGCGCAGGGGGGAUGAGCGCCCACAUGCUGGUCAUGUCGCCGCUUGCUCGAGGGGCAACGAUCUUCCCGGACGACUUUUCGUUGCUGCACCGCGCCAUCUCCCACAGCGGAACUGCCUACAGCCCGCACGCCAUCUCGAGGGACGCCCGGGCGCAGGCACUCAAGCUGGGCCAUCGGCUGGGCUGCCCGACGGCGUCCUCCGUCGAGCUCAUCACCUGCCUCAAGAGCCUCCCGGCGGAGAAGAUCGUCGACCAGAUUCCCAUGCUACAUGCUUGGGACGAGGAGCCGAUGCCCUUCGGACCCGUGAUCGACAAGUGGAUGGGCAGCGACGCCUUCCUCCCCGACGAGCCCUUCCACCUCAUCAAGCACCGGGAGUUCCUGCAGGUGCCGUGGCUCGUGGGCACCAACAAGGAGGACGGCGCCUUUAGGGUUCAAGAUAUCUUGAAGGACUCCAGUCUAACUUACCAACUGAACACCGAGUGGGAUAAAUAUGGCCCAAUUCUGCUCGACCUGAAGCCGACCUCCUGCAAGGACCCCGUCGACAUGGCCAAACAGAUCCGCAAUUACUACCUUGGUAAAAAGAAGUUCGGGGAAGAAACGUCCAAGGAAUUCGUCGAGAUGAUGACAGACCGGUUCUUCUUAUUCCCAACGGAUCGAGCUUCAAAGGACUACUCAUACUACGUCAAGAAGUUCAUUGUUUAUCGCUACGAACUUGUCUUCAGCGGCCGCAAGUCCUUCUUGGACAUCCUACACAAGGAGAACCCACAGGAUGCUGCCAGUUCUCUCUUCGGCGCCGCCAAUCCCAGGUUCCAGAACACUCGCGGUGCGCAUGGCUGGGGAGUCAGUUUCCUGGACGAGCUCCUCUACCUGUUCCCUUCCAGCAAACUCGACUUUAUUUACAAGCAGGAGUUCGAUGGAGACUCCGCCUCGAAGGUGUCCACUCAUAUGCUAAUGCUCUGGACCAACUUCGUCAAGGGAAGCGACCCAACGCCCAUUCUCAAGGGCUGGCCCGAUGACGUAUCCCCCUGGGGCGCGUGGUGGGAGCCCUUCGUCAAGGGUUACCUGUACUACCUGAGGAUCGACCCGGAGAUGGACAGCCAGGAGGUCCCCCUGAAGGAAGAGCACAUGGCGUUCUGGGACAGCCUUCCGCUCUUCGAAAACAGGGACCAGAACGUCAUUAGGGAUGAGCUGUAAGAAGUGGUGUGGGUGCGUCGAAGGUUUUUAUUUAUUUAUUUAUUUAUUCAUUUUUUAUUAUUAUUUUUUUUUUAUUCAUUUUUUUGGCCAUCCUAAAUUUCCAGUUCUCAAAGCGUGGAGUGUGAAUUCCGCGUUAGGAAUAAAAAAAAUAUAUAUUUUGCAACAUUUCGAUCGACAUUCCUGGGGAGACUUUUAUGUUCGUAAAUAGGAUGAUAUAAAGACAUUUUUAAAGAUAUUUUUUGAUACUUAACGACCGUAAGUACUAAGGAAUUUUUUUGUUGUUGAAGUGUACUUCGGUUUGGGAGAAAAUGGCUUUGUGGCUUUGUUAUAUUUGUGAAUGUGUGUGUGUUUGCGUGAGUGGGUGAGUGCGUGAGUGAGUGACUGCGUGAGUGCGUGAGUGAGUGAGUGAGUGAGUGAGUGAGUGAGUGAGUGAGUUGUUGAUGCCACAUCCUCUCAUCAAACUGACGCAUACUUAAAGUUUUUGUA